AAGGCCAUCGAGCACAACCGGAGAAGAGGAUUUCCUGCCACGGGCGGCGGCGGCGGCGGCGACGUAGGAAGCGUCGGAGGGAGCCCCUUGGGCGGCGGCCACUGGGGCGUCUGGAAGAGGAGUUAAGGAAGAUCCAGCAGGGGCACCGCGUGCCCGGUCGCUGGGCUCCACCUCGAGGCAGCUUGAAAGACAACUUGAGUUGUAUCCUGCAAUGGCAACGCCCAACAGAGAUAGCAACAUGCAGCAGCUAGUCCCUAUAGCACCACCAGGAAAGGCUUCUGGCAGUGACACUGGGAAGGAGCUUGUUGUUGUUGAUCCUGCAGGAAAGGGCUCAGGAGGAGUAAAACUGCGAGAGGAUGAUGAGGACCUGGAGGUGAAGCUCAGGCGCAUCAUGGAGAAUGUCCCUGUUCGUGUCAGUAACACAUCAGGGUCAUCUGCUGGAUCUGGCUCUGGUGAUUUCCACCAGUAUCGGCAAAUGAGAAGAAGAGAGCAGGAUCGGCUUGCACGAAUGGAUGCUGACUACCAAAAGAGGAGAGAGUUGGCUGAGUUUGAACUGCGGAGGGAGGAGAGGCUUAAGGCAGCUGAGGAGCGGACGGCCAAAAAGCGCCUGAAACGCCAAAAGAAGAAGCAGCGGAAGAAAGAGAAGCGAACUAAAACUGGUAAUGAUGGUGAAGAACUUAACAGAGUGGAGUCAUCUGAUGACGAUGAAGGUUCGGAUGAUGAUGGCAAGUCUAAGCAAUGACACGGCAAUUGCAUUAUAAGAUGCUUUUUAGACUGUCGCCAUACAUUUGACGGAGGGCUACUUGUUUGUUGAAGAAGGAAGCCUGUGCGUGCCUCCCUGGUUGAUUGUGAGCGAUGAACUAACAUCUGGUUUUCCCGUUGUAAUUGGCUGAGUCAAGAGGAUAUAUAUAACAUUUAGAGCUGAGAUGGAGAGCACUAGAAAUUUGCUGUUAGUAUUCCUCAUUCGGGGAACUGCCUUGCAUCAGUACCUUUUGAUCAGCUAUUCACAUUUUAAUCGGAGAUGGAUAGCACUAGAUAGUUUCCAGUUAGUGUUCCUCGUCCAGAGUUGCCAUGCAUCAGUUCCUUUCAUCAUCUCCAUGUAUGCUUCUGGCAUGUUAUUUGUAUCACCGUCUGUUUUGCUUCAUGUAUUUCUUAAAACCUUGUAAAAGCUUGUAAAAAUAUGUCUUCUUUUUUCCUCGAAUGUA